AUGGCAACAAAUCCAGUGUUUGCGAAUGAUGAAGAGAGUCUCUACCACAAAGUCCAAAUUCAACCUUUCUCUUCUACACCAAGAAAUUCUUUGGGUCUUUACAGCUUCGAAGACGAUAAUAUCGGAGUUCAUGGGAAGACGCAAGAGCCUACCAGUUUGAGUGAAAGGCUUGGAUUGGAAGAAUUGUCUUCGUUGGAGACGUGGCGAGCAUCUAUAGGAGAACUACUGGGCACAGCCACCUUGGUUUUUGCACUGGACACAAUCUAUAUCUCCUCCUACGAGAGCAACACAGCAACACCAAACAUCGUAGAGCCAGUCUUCAUAGCCCUUAUCGUCACAAUCCUGAUCCUUGCCACCUCCUCAGUCUCCGGCGGCCACCUCAACCCUAUCAUCUCCUUCUCCGCCGCCCUCGUGGGCCUCAUCUCUAUGUCUCGAGCUGCCAUUUACAUUUCAGCCCAAUGCAUCGGUGCCGUGCUCGGCGCCCUGGCACUGACGGCUGUGGUCAACAACAAAAUCCAGAAUGCCUUCUCCCUUGCCGGCUGCACCCUCUCCGUCAGCACAAUGGGCCCAAAUGGGCCCACCACUGCAACCAUUGAGACUGCCCCAGCGCUUUGGCUUGAGAUCAUAUGCACGUUCGUGUUACUUUUCUCUUGCGUAUGGGUUGCAUUUGAUCAUCGACAAGCCCAGGCCCAGGCCCGUGGGCCUGUCAGUUUGUUUUCAGGCAUUGGCAUCGUUGUAGGGGUGUUGGUAUUUGUGUCGGUGACGCUGACGAAGAAUAAGGGGUACGCUGGUGUAGGGAUGAACCCUGCACGGUGUCUUGGACCGGCUAUUGUCAGAGGAGGACUCCUGUGGGACAGACACUGGGUCUUCUGGGUGGGCCCAUUUAUAGCUUGCGUGGCGUUUUAUAUGUACACGAAGGUCAUACCACGUCAGCAUUUCCAAGCGCGAGAGUUCCGUUACGAUAUCUUCACCACCUUAUCACAAGCAAGUCGCGGUAGAGCGUUAGGCACGCCAAAGCCUCCAGCUUGACCUUCCUCACGCUUCGGUGUGAGUUGUAUUAUUUAAAUAAGAGAAAUUCAUAAAAUCUUAAUGAAUUUCUAUGUAGCUAAUAGUCCAAUAAUGUAUAAAAUAAGCACUAGAGGCCAGUUUACCAGUUCUGCAUCAACUAGCAUUCUUAAA